UCGCGCUGAUGAGGUGUCUGUGAAGGACUUCGGUCCUCCCAGUAGCCUGGAAACCAAACCAAACCGGAUUCGCGCUGGGAAGGUAAAACCGCCGGCCAUUCAUAUAGAAGCAAGCACCGGCAUCACCCCGGAUAAACCGAGCGCGCCUGCAAUAGGAGACCAAUGCAUUCCAACGAGGAAGUGUGUCGCGCGAGCGUGGAACCAGGGACUUCAUACCGACUGUGUGCAGGUGCAGCAGACAGUAAUGGCCACGCGAAACUACGGGAGCGGGACGGAUCGGAAUGUCUGGAUAUUAGUCAUGGGUGUUGACACAGAGACCCAAGCGCUUGAGUGCCGGUAUUCCGCGCAGGAAGCUCGCACGAACAGGUGGCUGCGCCUUCAUAACUCACAUCACAGGGACUUAUUACAUGUGCGUCGCGUUCUGCUCUCCGCUUAGGAACAUGGAAACCUCCAAGCAAAAGGAGGAGCGCGCAAUGAACGCCAAAUCUGCCAAAGACAAGAAGCGCAAAUCCCCCAAGGCGUUCCGCAGGACAUCGCUGAAAUCGCUGGGGAACUUUAUUAAUAAGGUUUUGAAAACUUUGGGCACUUUGUCUCAAGUCGGCAACGUCGAGCAGCCAGACACUGAGGAGGACGACGGCGGGUUCGGGGACGGCGCGGCGCGCGCGCUGAGCGCCGGUUCGGGGAAGUGCAAACCCGACGGCAGAGACGACUUCAAAAAGAGCGGCACCGUGUCGACCCAAGGACCCGUCAGGGACAGGCUGUCAUGGCCGUGCGGCGAUAAGACCCCGGGCGUCCAGGGCUUGAAAAAUCAUGGGAACACCUGUUUCAUGAACGCGGUCAUCCAGUGCCUGAGCAACACCGACCUGUUGGCGGAGCAUCUCGGGCUGGAGCAGUAUAAAGCGGAGCAGAGGAGAGCCCACGGCCUCAGACAGGAGGGGCUCCAGCCAGCUAAGGGGGAGGUCACGGAGCGACUGGCCUCGCUGGUCAGGGCACUGUGGACGCUGGAGUACACGCCGCAGCUUUCGGUGGACUUCAAGAGCGUUGUGUCCAAAUACGGCUCCCAGUUUCGGGGAAACUCACAGCACGAUGCUCUGGAGUUCCUCCUGUGGCUCCUGGACCGAGUGCAUGAAGAUGCCAACCCCUCCAGCACCGUCUCCAACGGCAACAACCCCUCCAGCACCGUCUCCAACAGCAGCAACCCCUCCAGCACCGUCUCCAACGGCAACAACCCCUCCAGCACUGUCACCAAUGGCACCUCAAGCAGCAGCAGGUCAAAAGCUCUGAAUAUGGGUCCAGCAGAGGCAAGACCAGCCGGCACCAGGCACAGCUUUGUCCAGGACCACUUCCAGGCGCAGUACAGAUCUUCACUGACGUGUCCACACUGCCUGAAACAGAGCAACACCUUUGACCCCUUCCUCUGCAUCUCCCUGCCUAUUCCACUGCGACAGACCAGGGCGGUGAACGUGACUGUGGUGUUCAGCAGUAAGGCUCUGCGUUAUGUGAGGGUUGGGAUGGCCGUGCCCCUGCUGGGUUCUGUUUCCACCCUCAGAGCACAGCUGGCCCAUGAGGGCAACAUCAACCCUGAGCAGGUGAUCCUGGUGGAACUGCACUCCGGCGGCUUCCUGCGCUCCUUCGCCGAUGAUGACGACGUGGCCAGCAUUGCUGAAAGCGACGUGGUCUACGCCUUCCAGGCUCCACCCCCUUUCAGCAGAGGUACUUCCUCACGUUGCUCAGGGUUCCAUCACUCCCUCCCCUCUUCUCCAUACACCACAGGGCCUGAAGGUCAAAGGUUACUAGCCUCCGGGACGCUGUCAUCUGAGUUCCUGAACCAGGGCGGAUCCUCCAGUGUCCUCAUGCUCAUCUGUAACACUGCAGGCAGUGGACAGCAUGUGACUAGGUUUGGCCCUCCUUUCUUAAUACAGGAGGUAAGGGGGGUGUCGUGGGCGGAGCUUCAGCAGAGUAUUCUCAGCAAACUCUACUACUUGAUGCUUAGUGGAACUCCGGCACAGAACGCAGGCGUGCUCUUCCGGAUACGCGUGGUUGGGGGAUCGGCAUCCUGCAGUUAUCUGUCUCCUCACGACAACAUGCCACUCUGCCACCCAGCUGUGGACAGGGCGCUGAGGCUGUGUGGACCUGGGGGCUCUCUGCACAUAAAACUUGUCAUCGAAUGGGACUCCAAAGUCAAAGAGCGGUUGUUUGGCAGCAUUCAGGAGGAGGUGGUGAAGGAUGCAGACAGUGUUCGACAGCAGCAGCACAACCACCUGCAACAGCACAGCUGCACCCUGAACGAGUGUUUUCAGCUCUACACCAAAGAGGAGCAGCUAGCUCCAGACGAUGCAUGGCGCUGCCCCCACUGUAAGCAGCUCCAGCAGGGCGUGCUGAAGCUGAGUCUGUGGACUCUGCCCGACAUCCUCAUCCUACACUUGAAGCGUUUUCGCCAGGUGGCCGACAGGAGGAACAAACUGUCCACGCUGGUGCGCUUCCCGCCACACGGCCUCGAUAUGGCACCCCAUGUGGCCAAACGCGCUCACAGCAGCCAGCACAGCCUGGACCCCUGGCCCGCCGCCUGGGAACACGGAGACACAGACUUCCUGUAUGACCUGUACGCGGUGUGUAACCACCACGGGGGCAUGCAUGGAGGACACUACACAGCGUACUGCAGGAAUUCUGUGGAUGGUCAGUGGUACAGUUAUGACGACAGCAGCGUGGAUCUGGUGCCGGAGGAGGAGUUGUGCACACGGGGCGCCUACAUCCUGUUCUACCAACGACGGAAUGCCAUCCCUCCCUGGUCUGCCAGCAGCUCUCUCAGGGGUUCGAUCAGCUCGUCCAUGUCGGAGCACUGGCUCGUGCGCCUGACCGAGGACAGUAAGAGAGGCAGCAUGGCGUCUCACAUCUCCUCCUCCUACCCCUCACCGAUCCCCAACUUGCCCGAGCUGCCCAUCUUCUACGAGGACGCUCCGAGGAACGACAGCGUAUCGUUGGGAGGGUUCGACGUGCGGCCCGUGGUGCGAGUUCUGCAAGGCCGCAGCGCCAGUGUGAGAAGCCCCUCCAAAGCCAGAGACACUCUGAGGAAAGUUCUGCCCCUGAAGUGGAGCUUCAGCUUCAAAAGCCGCCACAAACCUGCUCCUCCUGCCCCCGCCCCCGCCCCUGCUCCGGCUGCUACUCCUGCCCCUGCCCAGCUGGUGGAGUACCUGGAGUCAGGCAGGAGGCCCCGGUGCACAAAUGACAACAUCAUCACUUUGAUGACAUCAUCUUUGAAUAAGGAAGCCCCAGAGGGUCAGAAAGCAACCAUCUCGGGAAGCGUCGGGCACCCCGACCCCCCGCAGGUCGCCGAGGGCCAGCGGCGUCCCGCGUCUGAGCCGGCCAUGACUCAGAGGGGCAGUGGCAGUGGAAGCCUUCCCCGAGGGAGCACCAGGAAACCCAAACCGGACCAGCGGAGUUCCGGCCCAGGUGUCCCGGGUCUUAGGAACGGCUGGGCGGCUUUGGACCAGGUAGAGAGCAGUGGGGACGACCCGAAGGCUCAGGACAGCAUUGCGGUGUACCUGAGGGGUGGCUUCGUCAGGAGAGACGAGGCCCGGGUGUCAGGCCAAGGCGAGCCAGGCCCGGACGCGGCCCGCAGGGCCAGGAGUCUGCCCCGGGCCUCCAAGAGGACUAACGGCAUGGCUCGAACCGAGACCUGUCCAAGGGCGGAGCCGACCAAUGGCAGGGUGGUUGGGGGCCGAGCUGGCAAUAUAAAACGCUCCCAGAGCUCCUCCAGCAUCCCCCACAGGGCAGAGGGCGACCUGCGGCGCUCUGGCGUCUCCGGGCUGCCGCCCCAGAGUGUGGGCGCAGGGAGGAGUCCCUCCGCAGCCCUGCAGGGAGCACGCUACAGCAGCAGCGCCUCCCUGGGCAGGAGGAGAAUCGUGCCUGAAUCCAGCUUCUGACACUCUCCUGCCACACACACAGAAUGCCUCAUACCAAACACCCACCCACCUGACACGCUCGCUCCAGGCAUGCUCGAACCACACGCCCUCACACCACACACACACAGACAACACUCACGUACGCGUGCAUCAGCAUGCCAAACAUGGCAAACACACUCGCACGGAUAAUAUUAUACACACCCUUCAAAAACAUACCAAAAACACAUCAACACAGUGCUCUGAAGACACAACACGCACACAAAUAAGAACAUCACAUGCUCUCACUGAACACUACACCACGACUGAAUGAGAGAAUGGCAGUGGCCGUGACGUGGCACAGACUUAAGGGAGCGUUUAGCUUUCAGACGUGUAGUGUUUCCAGAAGGCCAGAGUGACAGGGUACGAUUACCAUAUAUGUACAAAGAACAAACCAAUAGAUGAAGCUAAGAAGAGUUUUUUAUAGUUGAGGUGAAGUUUGU